AUGUCGUCUCGCAAAAAACCCAUCGCUGCGCGCAAAAAGGAGGGCAUCCACUUCGUCAACGCCAGACCCUCCUCUGAGCUCGAGAAGCUCAACGCCCAACGUCUGGUGCGCGCACACGUCGGCCGAUGGAUUUCCGACCAGACCAAAGAUCGCUCGACUGCCCUUGAAUCCUCCACCACAGCAGCAGCAGCAGCAGCAGCAGCCGCCGCCGCCGCUGCCGCUGGCAAACAGCCCGCCCGCGACUUCUCUCAUUCCCUGGUCGCGCCGCGUGCCUCCUCGUUUUCCUCCGGCUCCGGAUCCGGUCACUCCGCUGAGCUGCCGCGUGAAUGCCAGGGUUCGCCCUUUGCGCUCUCGCAGUCCAGCGAGAGUAGCGAUAGCAGUGAUGAUAGCUCGUUGACCAUGGUGUCGGGGGAUAGGAUGUCUGCCCCCUGGGGUGAAAUCAUGUCCGUGGAGCCGCUGAUUUCGGGGGUAUUCGAUCCGUUCGGCACAUACCCUUCAAAUUUCGCACCGGAGAUGGUCCAUAUGUGCGAGACCUACUGCAUGUCCAUCCUUUGGCCCGGUCUAGCUCCCUCCCGUCCUGUCAAUACCCGCGCAGUAGCGCGCUCCGUCCCCGAAACAUUUUUUACCCUAUCAAUGACCGAUCCCGCGCUCUUCACGGCAUUCAUGUUCGCUGCACUUUGCCAUCAACGCGUGCAGUGGCUCAACCGCACGAUUCCUGGGGCUACGUUCGGCCCACGACAACAACAAUUACUGGAGCUGUGCGAGAUGGAGUCGAUCAAGUUGAUCAACCAGGCUGUCCGGGAUCCGAUCCGCGCAGCAAGCGAUGCAGUCAUCCUCAGCGUCAUCUGCAUGGCACAUCAUAGAUCGGACGAGGAGCAUGACCGAGGCGAUCGGCAAACUCCGUUCAAUCCGCCUCUCCAGCGCCUACAGUGGAUCGAUGUCUACGGUCGUCUACCCCCGAACAUGAUUCAUAUUCAGGGAUUGAUCCAGCUGAUUCAUCUACGGGGCGGGCUGGACAGUAUCACAUUGAAGGGGUUGGCCCCGACAAUCAGCUUCUCCGACAUCUUCACUUGCAGUUGUUUGUGCAUCGCCCCGGGAUUCGAAUUCCGACCCUUGGAAGAUGGCAGGCGCGGCAAAUCCGCACAAGAAAUCCUCGGAUUCCGUUCAUCAGAUAUCGAGAACGGGUUUGGACAACUGCUUGGUAUCGGCAUCACCCCGCAAAUGGCCGAAGCAUUCCACGCAAUAUACACCUACGUCAACAUUGUGAAAGCACAUGAGCAUAACCCCGGCGCAUCCGACCUGUCCCUCCUCGCCGAUCAGCGCAACAUCACCCAACACACCAACCUCUCCUUACCGCCCGCCGACCAAAUCAUGACCUAUUUCUCUCAUCCGAGCCAUGCACCAACCUACGAGGCCUCUCGUCUAGCAGCUAUGAUUUUCGGAGUCGGCGUAAUCUUCCCCAUUCCAGCGAAGAAUACCCCGCUGCAAAACCUUGCCCUGCAAAUGCAGUCUGUUCUCCGCCAACCUGAUGCAGCGGUCCUGUGGUCCUCGCCUAGUACCCGCAUUGUCUUGCUGUGGGUGUUGACUCUGGGAGCUGUGGCUGCGGUGGACUCACCAGCGCGCACAUGGUAUGUGUCCAUGCUGGGUGAUACGGCCCGGCGCAGUGGAUUGUCAUCAUGGACAGACCUCAAGAAUCUCCUAGAGAUGAUGCUGUGGUACGACGUUGCGUGCGAUGCGGCGGGUGAGACGCUCUGGUUUGAAAUCGAGCACACCCUUGCAACGCAAUAG